AUGGCAAAUAUUCUCAUUACUUUUGACUCAACCUGGCAGCGUCUGAUUCGCUUGCACCUUACGCCAGCAACCGAAGGAGUCGCUCAAUUUUUGCGAACUUCUUGUGAAGGCUCUUUCUGCCUUGCGGAUCUGGUUCCACAGUUGGCUGAAACUUAUCCUAAUCAUACCUUGGAACUCUCAUUGGCGGCAACAAGAGCUCCCGCUAUCUUAUUCUCAGAGAAAAAAGGAGGUGUGAUCUCGGUGAACCUUGGAGGCGUAAUUGUUGUGUUCGUCUCAAAUGGGUUCCGGCGUAAACAGGCUGCUGUUCUCGAUAUGGAUGUUGUUGCCGAUGCUAAACUGAACCUCCAAGUAGGUUUCUAUUCACCCAUAGGUGUUCCCGGGUAA